AUGCACAUCGCUUCCCACAACGUCAGGACAUUAUCGACAGACUCUCUCCUGGACGUAUAUCUACAACAACUGGAAAAGAUCAAAGCCGACAUUAUCGGUGUAUGCGAAACUAGGAGAGCACGCGCUGUCUCAGCGAGGUGGACAAGCGGUGAAGAAAUUCUGCUGGGAGAAGGAGCCAACAAUGUGCCCAGAACAGGUGGAGUCGGUUUCAUCAUAAAAGCGAAAAUGGUCCCGUACAUUAUUUCUUGUGAUAUCAUAUCCCCACGUGUCGCUGUUCUGAAGGUCAAACUACAAAAGUUGGGAAAUCGAACGCUCAAAAUGGUGCAAGUAUAUGCGCCCACCGUCUCAGCGGAGGACGAUGAAAUCGAACGUUUCUACGAAGAAAUAGAGACGGCAUUGAAGCUUAAAUCGACAUACACUAUUGUUCAAGGCGAUUUCAACGCAGUUGUCGGCUCCCGAUUGGACGAUACGGAAUACCUCAUAGGAAGGUACGGUGCAGGAGUAAGAAACGACAGAGGAAACCGUUUGAUCGAAUUUGCAGAACAACAUCAAUUCUCAAUAAUGAACACUUUCUUCGAGAAGAAAGCGAAGCGUCUCUGGACAUGGAGAAGCUCAGACACGAGAACUCUGAGGCAAAUUGAUUAUGUGCUGACCGAUACGCCAAGAUUGUUUGCUGAUGUCUCUGUUAUAGGGGAAAAUGUGAUAACGACUGGCUCCGAUCAUCGGCUUUUGCGUUCGGUGAUCCUCUUCGAUGCCAAGAAAGAACGUCGAGUUCUGCAUUCGCAAAAAAACACUCGUACGAAAAACUUUCAAUGCCGAUAUGUAGGCUGCGAUGAUAGAGUCGUCAGAUCUGCACCCUAUGCUCUCAAAGACGAUACAGGUGUUAGAACAACUAACCGCCCACGGAUGAACGAGAUAUGUACGAAGUUCUACAGCGGUUUGUACUCCUCAAAGGUGGUUGUUGCAGGAACCUACCGAACCGCUGCAGAAGAACCGAUCCCAGAAAUGAGGAAGAGGUGUGUUCCGCCGGUAACAAGUAAGGCUGAGAAAGUCCGGGCUCGAUCAGACAUGUCCAGGAAACAUAAAAGCAGGCGGUACCUAUGUUCCCCAAAGCGCUGCGAGCGUUGCGCAGGUCGUAAUGAAAAAGGAUUACUGCCGGUGGUAGAAAUAGGACGAUAUACUGAUGAGAAAGGCGAUCCCAGAUCUUAA